CCCUUCUGCCCGCUGUGCGGGUGUCAUGCGUCGACUAUUAUGCUCCAGGUCUAGAAGCGAGAUCCUCGCCCAUCUGGCCCUGUUUCCCAACUUGGAAUGUUCCUGUCAGCCACACAGUGUAAGUCGAGACCAACGUCGGCUAUGGGCUCCAUUAUUACCGAUGAAUUCCUGGCCACUUUUUGUGGGCAUCAUCUAGCGUUGCAUCUGGGGAUACGAUUAUCUGGCGCCUAUCCGAGCAACAAAAUGCCGUCACCAGGAGCGCCAAGGAGACUUAGGUAAUACAACGACCGGAGCGCGUUGAGAAUAUUUAUAGGGCCUCCAUAAACAAGACAAGCUCUCGUCUCACAGGCGAGGAGACUCGGCGACCAACGUCAUUAUUAUUAUUACCGCUCACCUUCCUCAAAAUAAGUCUUUUACGAUGUCAGCCACAAAAGUCUGGAGGCGUCGCGCCGACGCCGAGGAGAAGGCACGGCAGCCGCCAGCACCAGCCGCCGCUGUUGCUGCUCCACCAAACGAUGUCGAGGCGCUCAAGCAAGACGGCGACUCCUUCACGCUCGCCUCCUUCACGCACGAGGACGCCUGGGUCCUCGGCAACCUGCUCCGGCGGCGGCUGCUGCCCCUGCCCGCGGCGGCGGUGAUCUCGAUCGCGCUCGCCAACAGCGGGCAGGUGCUGUUCCAGGCGGUGACGGGCCCGGGCGUCGUGCCGGACAACGAGACGUGGGUGCGGCGGAAGCGCAACACGGUGCUGCGCUGGGGGUGCAGCACGUGGCUCAUGCACUGCAAGUACGGCGGGGACGAGGCGGCGUUCCGGGCCAAGUUCGGCAUGAGCGCGGACGUGGCGGCUGGGUACGCCAUCCACGGCGGGGCGGUGCCGAUCCGCGUGCAAGGGGUGGAGGGGGUGGUUGCUGUUGUUGUUGUUAGCGGGCUGAAGCAGCAUGAGGACCAUGGCGUUAUUGUUGAGACUAUCAAGGAGAAUUGGGAGUGAUGUGCUGCCGGGCCGGUUUGAUGCGUUAGGAGCAGUCGGGACUUGGAUGUUGGCCCUUAAUGAAGAAGGGGAGUCGUUGGGCUGCUGUCCUGUGAUCUGGGAUCUACGGAGACAGUUUCAUGAAGUGAUCCGAGGACCUCGGGAUCUAUCAAGUAACCAUGGAAAGUAAGGGAAAGCCCGUUCGAGUGAAAAUAAUGGUGGUACAUUCCA